CAUAGAGGCUGGAACUAGGGCCCAGACCCAGAGAGACAGGCUCCUCGGCUUAAMGACUGGCCCUGUGACAGGCACACCCGGGACCCUAUGAUCAGCUGACCCUUUCAGCCUACAGCAAUGGAGCCAAAUGGCUCCUCCCGUGUGGAUUCCGAGUUUCGAUACAUUCUCUUCCCAAUUAUUUACAGCAUCAUCUUUGUGGUGGGGGUCAUUGCCAAUGGCUAUGUGCUAUGGGUCUUUGCCCACUUAUAUCCUUCCAAGAAACUAAAUGAGAUAAAGAUCUUCAUGUUAAACCUCACUGUGGCUGACCUGCUCUUCCUGAUCACCCUGCCACUGUGGAUCAUCUAUUACUACAACCAGGGCAACUGGAUUCUACCCAAAUUUCUGUGCAAUGUGGCUGGCUGCCUCUUCUUCAUCAACACCUACUGCUCCGUGGCCUUCCUUGGAGUCAUCACUUAUAACCGCUUCCAGGCAGUCACACGGCCCAUCAGGACUGCUCAGGCCACCACCCGCAAACGUGGCAUCUAUUUGUCCCUGGUUAUUUGGGUGUUCAUUGUGGCCGCUGCAUCCUACUUCCUUAUCUUGGACUCCACCAACAUAGUGACGCAUAAGGCCGGCUCGGGCAACAUCACCCGUUGCUUUGAGCAUUACGAGAAGGGCAGCGUGCCUGUCCUUGUCAUCCACAUCUUCAUCGUGUUCAGCUUCUUCCUGGUCUUCCUCAUUAUCCUCUUCUGCAACCUGGUCAUUAUCCGCACGCUCCUCCUGCAGCCGGUGCAGCAGAAGCACAAUGCACAAGUGAAGCGCCGGGCGCUGUGGAUGGUCUGCGCGGUCUUGGCGGUGUUCGUCAUCUGCUUCGUGCCCCACCACGUGGUGCAGCUGCCCUGGACCCUGGCUGAGUUGGGCUACCAGGACAACUUCCACCAGGCUAUUAAUGAUGCACAUCAGGUCACCCUCUGCCUCCUUAGCACCAACUGUGUCUUAGACCCUGUCAUCUACUUCUUCCUCACCAAGAAGUUCCGCAAACACCUCACUGAAAAGUUUUACAAUAUCCGCAGCAGCCGGAAAUGCUCCCGGGUCACCACUGACACAGGCACCGAUGUGGUCAUGCCAAUCAACCAGAUCCCUGUGGAUUCUCUCAAAAAUUAGUCCUUGCUUGUUGGGGUCAGGCCCCAAAUCUUCUCUUUCAUCCAUAUCCUGGAUUGAGCUGGAGGAAGAAGGGAUAUUUGCUGUGGUCACCUACUCCCUGGCAGUGGUAACUUAUUAAGUUUGGAGGCAACCUCACUCAAGCAGGGAUGAGAGCAGCAAGGGACUGCUGGAAAAGCCAGAGCUAGAAUGAGCCCCUCAUAUGCUUUUGGGCACAUACUAUGCUAACUUUGGCUGAUGAACUUAUCCUGAGCCCCUAAGUCUGAUGGGUCUAGGAGCCAGGUUCUGACUUUGGAGGUAGAGUCAGAGCUACCCAGUACCCCCCCCAGGGGUUCGGUACUCCCCCCUAAAGCUCUGGGCAGUGACUCCCAAGUGCUAAAGRCGAAAACAGGUAUUUGGGAAAGAGAUUUGCUGUGUGGAAGAAUCUUUGGGGCAGAGUUUGAUGUAGGAUGGUGCCUCCUCUUUCCACCCACAGGUACAAGGCCUUUGUGACAUUUCUCAGGGGCGGUGGCUCCGUGGAAUCUUCUGAUUCACACAGCAGCCUGUCCCAAUGGCAACCAGAGAAGAUAAAACAUGAACAAUGAAAAACUAGAAUGGGAGCCUGUUUCCUGAGGCAUAUGUAUCUCUCUGCAAAGGCCUCACCUCGGGCCUCACUCAGCUCUGAGUGAGGGGGAGAAAGAUGGCCACCCCAGCCAUCUUUCUGUCUUAGCAGCUCCUAGGCCUGACCAUGAGUUC